AUGGAGCAGAAUCAUGCAGAUGAAUUGGGAAAUCAAUCGGGCGAACAGAGCCCUUCGAAACAUCGUGGACAGGCCUCAUGUAAAGAAGUCAAUGCAUCGUGCAUCCCCCGAAGAUUCACCAUCGAGCCAAUCAACAAGGGUGGGGCAACAAACUUGUCCCAUGCCGCCAUCCCCAGCUAUGUCAGUACCUUGAAAAGGAAACGGGACGACUUGAAUGAUCAAAUCCAGCGGCAGCGAUCAUCGCGUCCCCGUAAUGCCCCCACUGAACGCCCACCAAGAUCUCGUCCUGCAUCACACCACAGGCAGGGAUAUCAGCAUGAGGCCGCACUCCUUGGACAAGAUGCCACGGAAUGUACGGUCCAGGCUGCGAUGGGGGAAAUCGGCUUUUUGUCGCGCAGUGCAAUGGCAGAACCACGUGACGAAACGGGUGGUUUCUCAGAAGAACUGGGAAUCGGACGCAUGAUUCGAGCUGCAUUGGCGCUGUCGGGUGCCACACCGUCAGAAUCAACCUUCAAUCCACACAGCCAGAUAAAUACUUGGACCAAUAACCCAGCGCUCCAUCUCCGCAGACAACAGGCUUUACCCUUUUUAACCAGUUUCUUGGAAACCAUCGGAUCCCAGUUCAUUCAUAUCGACUCAAAGAGCUUGUGCGCGGAUUUUGAUACUAUUUUCAGGGACUCCGAUGUUACGGUUGACGACGACCUUCCGAUUCCCGCUCCUAAGGCAUUCGUCGUUUACGUUUCUGUGGCCACCGGUGCCUUGCUUUCACAGGAAUCGGGUGGUCUUCACGGACUUGCGGCUGGUCUUCACCAAAAAGCCACGGCUCUUCUCCCGGGAAUCAUGACCGCUGGCAACAGGAUUCAUACAUUGCACUGCAUGCUCUCUCUAAUUCUUUACUCAAUGCAAAGUCCACAAGCCGGCUCAACCUGGCAUCUUGUUGGUCUGGCCAUGAAAAAGGCAAUUGCUUUUCGAUUCCACAGGGAUCCAGAUCCAUCAACAAAUGUACCUUUGAGUGCUCUCAUUAUGAGACGCAAUAUUUUUUGGAGUCUUUAUACUGUUGACCGAACGAUAAGCACAAUUAUGGAUCGGCCCUUUAACAUCGAAGAUGACGAGAUAACCAUAAAGGGCCCUGAAGAAUACAUCAACGACUCGCCCCAUAUGAACAAUACGUUGGCACGUCAUGCUAUCGCGCAUGCUCGCCUUAUAUCUGCAAUGCGGGAAGGCUCCCCAAAUAGCCUACUAUUCCACUAUAGUAAUCUGUGCUAUUGGAGAGACUUUGCCCGGGCGACAAAGUCACAACCCGGCGCAUCCAGCUCUACUCGAGGGGUCUUUAUCCAACUGUCAAGUAGAGCGAUGGUCGAGAUUUUGAAGUGGAACGGCUCCUCCAGAAUCCAACCCAGCACAAUCCACAAUGUACAGAGUCUCGAGUUGGAUAUUGUGGCCACCUGUUCGGAGUAUAUUGAAUAUGAGUAUCAGCGGUCCGACCGAGGUGAUUUCACAGGAGGGUCCGUGGAGGCAUACGAUAUCUUCGCAGCAGGUGCGAUCAUUAUUUGUGUCACUGGGACAUACCCCCCACCAUUCACCAAUGUGAGCAUUAUGGUGGGACAAUAUCCCCGGAAACCCACCGGACGGAUCCCGACGGCGAUUUUCCGAUACAUCGAAGACGUUGGCACAACUUCACGGUAA